AGCACUGGAGCAAAGAGGUUAUGAUUUAAAAAUGGCCGAUUUAAACAGAGAGUUGAGCGAGUAUUUACUGAGUAACAAAAAUGAAAAACAAUAUAAACUAACGAUCCCGACAGUGACGAUACCAAAGCCUUCGCUGGGAAAAUGGUUCGGAAAAUCAACAGAGGAAAACACUGAGGAGCCAGGAUGGUUACAAGACACACAGCGGAGUUGCUGUCCCAGUCUGACGAAAUUCCAACGGCUGACUGGGUUCGCCAUUUGUAUAUUUAUGGGAGUUCUUUGUUUUUCAUUAUCAGCUAUUUAUAUUCCUGUUUUACUUUUGAAAGCACGUAAAUUUGCUUUGUUGUAUUCACUAGGAAGUGUAUUUUUUUUAAUGAGUUUCUGUUUCCUCUGGGGACCUAUCAGCUACUUGAAGUCUCUGUUCACAAAAGAGAAGCGUUGCUUCACACUGUCCUACUUGCUGACAUUAUCAGGGACUCUGUACUUCGCUCUGCACCUUCAGUCGACACCUCUGACGGUCUUGUGCGCAGUCCUGCAAAUAAUAGCGCUCUUGUCAUUCCUCGUGAGUCACAUCCCCGGGGGCACUACAGGACUCAUGUUCUUCGGCAGGAUGUUCAAGUCUUCUGUCAAGCCGACUCUGCCGAUCUGUUGGCAGGCAUCUCAAGCUGAUGUCGCAGUACUUGAAGCACUUGGGCAAGCACCGACUGCAUCAAAUCCCCAUGUCUUGAGGUGGUACACUCACAUCAAGUCUCAUGAGCUGUCAAAAUUACCUGGUACUAAAAAAAUACCAGCAAGUUUGGGCGUCGGCGCACCAGCAUCAGCACCAGCUGCUGCCAAAGCUGAUGAUGAUGACGACCUCGACUUGUUUGGAUCAGACGAAGAAGAAGACGCUGAGGCUGCGAGAAUUAAAGAGGAGAGACUCAAAGCUUACGCUGAAAAGAAGUCCAAGAAGCCGGCACUCAUUGCCAAGUCCAGUAUUGUCCUUGAUGUCAAACCUUGGGACGAUGAGACCAACAUGAAGGAAAUAGAAGACAAAGUCCGUUCUAUUGAGAUGGAUGGUCUUGUUUGGGGAGCUUCACAAGAAGCACCAGAAGGUAAAUCAGCUUUGGCGCAGCAGAUUCCAAAAACAUGCUUGGGAUGCAUGUGUGAAGCCGCUUCUGAAUGCGAUACCAGCACCGGAUGUCUUGGCGAUGUCUGCGGUCCAUUUCGUAUCACUUGGGCCUACUGGGCUGACGGUGGAAAGCCAACGCUCAAUAAUGAAUCACCAAAUGCUGAUGGCGCAUGGACUCGCUGUGUAAAUGAUCCCUUCUGUGCCGCUAACGCCGUCCAAGGUUACAUGGACCGUUUUGCUCAGGAUUGUAAUGGAGACGGUGUAGUAAACUGCGAUGACUUCGUGCGCAUUCAUUAUCUUGGCGGAAAUGGGUGCAACGGUGGAUUACCUCCUAAGUACGAGAACGCUUACAGAACCUGCAUGAACACGUUCAGUAGCUAAUUUACUUAUCAUUUAAUAAUAUAUUAAUCAAAUUUAUGUUAAUCAUUUUUU